AUGAACUUCCCAGUCGCCGCAUUCGAUGGUUCUUUUGUUUCUCCAAGCCGCCAAAAUGGCCCGCGCAGACCUGGAGAUCCAGUACGCAGGCAAGCACCGAACCAACUACGGGUCAUGGUCGCGGGCGAGAGUGGGCUCGGAAAGACGACAUUCCUGAACAACAUAUUCCGGCAUCUCAACCAAGGGCAAAACCCCAUGGACCAGGGUUCUGUCGUGCAUGGGCAAACAGGAGGCAUUUUCGGCCACAGCAAAACGCUCAAGAUCGAAGAACGCGAAUUUGACCACACGACAUCCGGCGGCCAGUACUACAAGUUCUUUUUGGUGGACACACCCGGAUAUGGCGACCACGUUAAUGUCCGCAAAAGUUUUCAACCAGUGGUCGAUUUCAUUAUCAGAGGGAGCAGGAGGUAUCUGGCUGAGAUAAAAAGGGGCAACGACACUCCGUCGGAGGACGGCAGGACGGAUGUGUGCAUACAUUUUAUCGCAGCCCAUCGGUGCAAGUCCAUCGACAUCGAAUACAUGAAGCAGCUGUCCAAGGUUGUUGCUAUGAUUCCCCCCGUGAUAGGGAAGUCCGACAGUAUGACGGUGGACGAGAUGUUUGACUUCAAAAAGGCCAUCGCCGACUCAGCCGCCAAAGCUAACGGCCUCGAGUUCUUCACCUUUUCGGAGAGGGCAUGGGAAAAGUGCUUGGCAGCCCUGAACAUUGCCGAUGAACCCAUCUGGCUGGGAGAGAGGCGGCCACCGCCGUACGCGGUGAUCUCAAGCCAGGUCGACGACCCCAACGGAAACGCUCACGCUCACGAUCCAGUACGCAGAUAUCCAUGGGGUGAGUGUCACGUCAUGAGACCGGAGCACAGCGACAAUACUUACCUUCAAUGCCUCCUUCUGGAGGUGGGAUUCCAGGACAUGAAGGACAAGAUGAGGAAGCGCUAUGAAGCCUUCAAAAAGCAAGAGGCGAAGCCUCUGGUGACACGAGUUGGAGAAAAAAAUCGGGAGUAUCGCCUUGCCAUUGCCUCCGGCAAGCCGUCGACUAUCUUAGUGGUGCUGGCGGUGAUUUUCGCAUUUGUGGCGGUGAUUCUGGCAGCCACUCAGGUACAUGCGGUGAACGGAAACGAGCCUUCCACGGGACUGGCUGAUUGGCGCGAAUUGAUUCUCAAGAUUCAGCAGGUCGAAGGAUCGGACCGCAUCGUGACGACGGUGGACUCCGAGGAGGAAACCCUGGACGUCCUUAUGAAGGUGCUGAUGGACAACCGCAAGAUUUGGACCUUCCGAGGAGGCCCAGCGGGAAGCACCAUCAGGUAG